AUGAUUAUCAAAUUUCUUAUUUUCAAUCUUCUCCUUUAUUUAUUUCGUUGUAAUACAAAGGUUAAUUUUACAUAUCCUCAAAAUGAUUUCUUAAGAAUUGAUUCGGAAAAUAUUGAGGAAGCUUUUGAGAAUAAUGAUUACUGGCUUAUAAAUUUUUAUGCUCCACAGUGUGUGUAUUGCAAGUUCAUAUGGGAUAAACUAAGAUACAUACAACGAUCAAUACAAAAUGAGAACAGAACGAAAAUAUAUUUCGGAGAAGUAAAUUGUGAUAACCAGAAAGGAUACACAGUUUGUGAAAUAUAUGGAGCCAUGAGAGUACCUCAAUUAAAAUUGUUUAAAGGCAGCGAAUUAAUAUCCACUUAUUCAAAUGAUAUAACCAAUUAUAAUAAUAUAAAAAGCUGGAUAUAUUACAUUACGACACCAUUAUUUGUUGGUGUGCAGGAUGAAAAUGAGUUAAAAUCAUACGAAACGGAAAACAAUAUCUUCUUAACUUGCUCAGAAAAUUUACCUGCGGAUUUAUUCGAUGUGGCUAAGUUAUAUAAAGAAGAAUGUUAUUUUAUCAAUAUCACAAAUCCGGAUAUGUGUACUAGGAUGAAUAUAAAAACGAACGAAUUACACGUAAUGAGUGCAUACAAUCACAGUACCUAUGACUUAGACACGUUGGAUCGUGAGUUAUUGAAAUUAUUUGUAAAUAAGAAUAGAUUUCCCUUAGUUAUGAAAAUUGAUCAUCGCAAUUUUUUUAAUAUAAGAAGUAGCGGAAACAAUUUAAUGCUAUUACUUUUGGACAUGAAAAAGAAUCCUAACGCCUACAUUUUGGAGUACAAACAAUAUGCAGAAAAAUACAAGAAUCACAAUGAUAUUCUUUUUGGUUAUAUAGAUGGAAAAUAUUAUGAAGAAAAUUUAGAACUGUACGGUACAGAUUCAGAUUAUUAUCCACAAAUAAUAGUAUUUAGCAAAAAUCCAAGGGAGUAUUAUUUUGAGGGAUAUUUCAAUAUAGAUAAUGUGGAUAAUAUAAUAUAUGACGUAAAGAACAAAAGAAUUUAUCACAAAUUUGAAGAGUUUACAAAAUUUAGAAUUAUUUUGAUUAAAUUCAAAAAGCAUAUAAAAUAUAUUUUAAAGAAAGCUUUUAAGACAGACUUUCUUUCUUUUAUUGGAUUUAUAUGCUCAGUUAUUAUGAUGUUAUUAACAGCCAUUUUAGUAAUUCAUACAAUAUACAAAUAUUAUAUGAGUUACACACACAAUACUUAUAUUGAAAAGGAAGAAAAAAGCGAAUAG